AUGACUGCUGGUAAAAUGUAUAGACUUGGGCAUCGUGGAUUACUUCGAUUGAAAGGAAAAGACGUAAUGCAAUUCUUGCAAGGUCUCGUUACAAAUGACAUCAGACAUUUAGCAGAUGGUCAAGCACAAUAUGCUUUAAUGCUUAAUAGUCGAGGACGAGUUGUUGAAGAUUUUAUUUUAUAUCGUCAAGCAGAUGACGUUUUGGUCGAAAGUGAUCGAAAUAAACAAGCAGACUUACAAAAAUUGUUAGAAUUAUAUAAGGUGCACAAGGAUGUGAGCAUUGAUCUUGAAAUGAAAAGUUAUUUAUAUCACAUGGACAGUAUAGCUGACGGCAGUGGCGCAGUCAAAGAUCCAAGAGUACCAUCCUUUGGUAUGAGAAUUUUGAGAGAAUCUAUACCAGAUGAUGAAAUACUGGAUGGUAAUGCUUAUCACGAAAGAAGGUUUGAUUUUGGUAUACCUGAAGGAACAAGUGAAUUGUCUGGUGAACUGCCACUUUCCAUGAAUGCUGACAUCAUGAAUGGGAUCAGCAGCGACAAAGGGUGUUACUUAGGACAAGAAAUGACAGCACGCGCUAUAAAUGCUUUAGAAAUACGAAAACGUCUUUUGCCGUUCACAUGCAAAGGUGUAGUUACGGGUCCACUGAUCGACAAUGAAGGACGACAUGAAGGUAGAGUGGUUGCGUGCAAUGGAAGGAAAGGAUUAGCAUUGGUACCUUAUUUACGUGAUAUUAACCGAACCACUUAUAUGACCAAAAAUGGCAAUAUUGAGAUCUUCUGGCCAUUCUGGUGGCCCAGCAAGCUUAGAGCUCAUUCCCAUCAAACUCUCUCGUAA